AUGGCGAGGAUAAAGCCUCAAGCUCUUCUACAACAGAGCAAAAAGAAAAAGGGUCCAAGCCGAGUCAGUGUUCCAACCAUUAUGGUCUAUGUUCUGGUGGUUGUUGUCAUGGGAUUUUUUCUUUUUGCCACCUACAGACAUUGGUCUAGGAGGUCCAUGAAUCAAUUGGCGGAUUCAAUUUCAAUUGAUGAGGAUGAUAACGCCGUAAUCAAUUCAAAGAAUUUUGAUAAUCCUAGAUACGCUGUCAUCCAUACCUCCAAAGGCUCAGUGACUGCUGAACUGCACAAAGAAAGUUCUCGGGAAGUUGUGAAUGAAUUUAUUGAUGCAUGCAAGAAAGGGCACUUUGAUGGAAUGCAGUUUAAUCGUGUGAUUAAGAACUUUGUUAUUCAAGGGGGCAAUGUUGAUAGGCCUGGUGCUGUAGAGGAUUGGGCUAAGAAAGGAAAGCAUUUUGGUCGGCUUGAUACAAGUUUGAAGCAUGAGGCUUUUAUGCUGGGCACUUCAAAGACAAGAAGUGAUGGUGGAGGAUUUGAUCUUAUUAUUACUACAGCACCAAUUCCAGAUCUAAAUCAAAAGAUUGACUUAUUUGGACGGGUUGUCAAGGGAGAAGAUGUUGUCCAGGAAAUUGAAGAGGUGGAUACUGAUGAGCACUAUCGACCCAAGACCCGGAUAGAGAUAACUGAAGUGAUUCUCAAGGAGAAUCUGUGA